UGACCUGACUUUUCGCUCGUCACGGAAGGUUUUGUGUUGAAGGAAAUUUCUGUAAUCUAAUUCAAUUAUUAGCCUUUUCACCGAAAUGUUCCGAAUAAAAUAUAUCCCUAUCGUUCUAAUUAAUCCUGUAAUCAUACCUUUCCUGUUUUGGCCGGCUGCAGUAUAAAAAUGUUCUUUAUUUACAAGACUUUAGGAGCCCAUUGAAGUGAAUUUAUUUUAGUGUUUUGAAAUUGAUAAUAGAGGCGGUUAUCCUUCGAAAUGGAUAAAGGUGUGACGUGUGAACAUCUGAACAAGUUGUCGGAACACCUUGGGAAGGAGCUGUGGCAGUCGAAGGAGACACUAUCAUGCUUCGACUGUGGCUGUACCGGACCCAACCUUUGGAUUUGUCUGCAGCCCUACUGCCACCACGUGGGGUGUUCCGAAGUCAAGAAUGAUCACAGUACUUUACACCAAAAAAGCUACCCCACGCAUUGUGUGCACAUGAACGUGUCCACCGAAAGGAUAUGGUGCUACUUGUGCGAAAAGGAAGUCUACAUUCGCGCUGCGCUCGCGCACGACGCCAUGAGUCCGGAUACAACUUCAAUGGACGGCUCAGUAGUGACGCGGCUGGGGUCAGUAGGUCUCAGCAUACCCCCCUCGCCAGAUGACGACGUUGACCCUGACGACAUGGACUUUGACGAAGAACGGCCCCGAGGUCUAGUAGGUCUGCAGAAUAUGGGCAACACAUGUUACAUGAAUGCGGCGCUCCAGGCGUUAAGCAAUACGGCGCCUCUCACCUCGUAUUUCCUCGAAUGCGCGGCCGCUGUGUCGGUGUUGGCCGCUGACAAGAAACCUGGACUUAGUCGAGCAUACCAAAAAUUAAUUAAGGAUAUGUGGAGUAGGAAAACUAGAGGCUACGUUGUACCUAACGGAAUUCUGUAUGGAAUUAGAAAUGUGCAUCCAAUGUUUCGAGGCUACCACCAACAUGACACGCAGGAGUUUCUCCGGUGCUUCAUGGACCAGUUGCACGAGGAGCUCAAAGAACCGGUGUGGGAUAGUGCGUCGGAAGACAAACUAGGGUCGGAGGCGGACGGUGACCACCAAGAGUCGAGAGGUGUACAUGUACGACGCCGGGCAGCUUCAUCUGGGGCCAGCGACGCGCCGUUCUUCGCGCGCAUGCGGCGAAAAUCACCAGCGCCGUCGUGCUAUAGCGACUCCAGAGCCGACGGUUACUUAAGGGUGACGGGUGCAAAUUCCGGCGCAGAAGGCGGCGCCGCUCCUCACGCAGGCGCACGACACCGGCGCUCAGCCAGUUUCGCGGGCACGCAGCUCGCUUAUAGCGUGCUCACGCACAAUGGGCCGGACUCAACGCAACGCGAUAUAGGAUCGGAGUCAGAACUAUCGUGUUCAAGUGAGGCCGAAGAUCGGUAUGAGACUUGCUCGAGCGGAGCUAGCGACACACCCGACGCCCGACCCGAGAGACCCACUGGUGCUGAUCAUGAAGUAUACGAUAGUAUAGAGAAAAGUGCUGAUGACUGCAAAUAUGUGCUGAAAUCGUUUGUCGCCUGUAGUGAAUGUGCCAUGCGUGUGCGCAGCGGCGGCGCGGGAGGCGGCGACGGCGGCGCGGGGGGCGUGCGCUACCGCAGCGUCAUCUCCGAUGUGUUCGACGGCAAGCUUCUCUCCUCCGUGCAAUGCCUCAUCUGCGACAGGGUGUCAACACGAGUGGAAACGUUUCAAGACCUGUCGCUACCAAUACCAUCCCGAGAACACCUAGCAGUAAUAAGAUGCCAACAGCCCAUUCUCAACCAUCACACCGCUCAUGCCACCCAGGAGUCCUGGGUAUGGUGGCUCCUAAGCUGGCUACGAUCCUGGUUCUACGGGCCCGUGGUGUCGCUUCAGGACUGCCUCGCCGCCUUCUUCAGUGCAGACGAACUCAAGGGUGAUAAUAUGUACAGCUGCUCGCGCUGCAAUAAACUCCGCAAUGGUGUAAAGAUGUCAGGUGUGGUGCGUCUACCCGAAGUGCUUUGCGUGCAUCUAAAAAGGUUCCGUCACGAAUUAAUGUUCAGUGCGAAAGUCGGCGCCAGAGUAUCGUUUCCUAUACACGACUUGAACAUGGCGCCCUAUACGCAUAAAGACUGCACGUCGAAGAUCACUCGCUACGAUUUGUGCGCUGUGAUCUGCCACGCGGGCACGGCAGGCGGUGGACACUACACAUGCGUAGCGCGCAAUGCUCGCGGCUGGUACGCCUUCGACGACCAGUGUGUAGCGCCCGUAUCGCCACACCAGCUGGCCAACAGCGAAGCCUAUGUGCUGUUCUACAGAAAAGUAAAUCCACACAUGGCAGAGCUGCGGCAGAAAGCGUCAGAAAUAUUAGAGUCGACCAAUGUUGAGCCCAACGAUAUUAAAUUUUACAUAUCUAAGCAGUGGAUUAACAAAUUCAACACGUGGGCGGAACCCGGCCCGGUGGACAACAGCGAUUUCGUGUGCUGCCACGGCGGCGUCCGGCCAGAUCGCGCUUCUCAUCUGCAUAAGCUAGCUGCCAUCGUACCACAACCGUUAUGGGAGUUCCUGCACAACCAAUUCGGCGGUGGGCCGGCGGUAUCCCACGCGCACGAGUGCGGCGUGUGCGCGCGCAUCGCGCUGCGCCUGCGCACGCGCCGCGCUAACGAGCGGCAGGCUUUCGCCGAGCUACACGCCAUCUUCCAGGAGCAGGAACGUCCGCGAGCUAUAUACGCGAUUAGUAUGCACUGGUUCCGGCAGUGGCAGGCCUUCGUACGCAACAAGACGCAGCAGCCGCCGCCGCCCGUCGACAACACCGGCAUUCUCACAAAACAGGACAUAGAUGGCACAGCGCAAUACGUGUUAAAGCCAGGCUCUGACCAUGCGCAGCUUAGUGAAGAACUUUGGAGGUUCUUUACUGACAUCUACGGCGGAGGGCCAGAGGUCAAGCUGAGGUCCCCCCAGCAAACCCAGACCACGGUCACGGUCCUCGCCGACCGCGACCACAGCGUCGACAGGCGGCUCUCGAGAAAAUACUCCGAGUCGGACAAGGAGGAAUACUGCACAAAAUCAACCUCGGAAAUGAACAUACGAGACACUUUCCACGGGGAACUGCAAAAAAACCAAUCCCUCCAAAACAUCAACUACAAGAUAUCGAGGCCAGCCGCCGAUUCUGACGAGGAAGUCAAUUACAGGCACACUUUCCAAUAUAAAAGAGAACCAAAUGGUAAUUACCAGAAUUCUGACGAAGACAUGGACACGAGUCCCCCGCACAGCUACGUGAACACGGUGAGAAUGGAGAACGGGGUGGACAGCUCCGAACACGAUGCCAAUGACAAUCCCGUGCAGGGCAAACAGUCGGAUCGGCUGACAGACAGCGAAUUGCCGAACCUGGAUAGCAUAUCGUUGAAAACAAAGAAUAAAACCGGAAAAGUGAGAAAAAUGAAACGACGGACAGUAAAAUGAUUUUUUCUAGCUUUCCAGUUCGUUCACAGGCUGAGGCGUAAAGUCGGCGGGACGUACGUCUAAACUGAACAUUCCCUUUCGGUGACUGGUGUAUUGUGCAUUUAAGGUUCAAUGAACCUCAAACUUUGGACCUCUUCGGUCUUGAUAGAUUUCUAAAAUAUUCUACGGCCUCGUGCCACUUGGGAAGGUAGUAUUUUAGUACAAUUUUAUUUUUUUAGUUAAAAUUCAGGUCUAGUUAAAUUAGGUUAUCGUUCGAUGUUAAUCUCAUAGAACUGUGUAUUGUAUAUUUUACAAUAAAUGUAUAUGUGUAAAAUUAUAUAAUGAUAAUGUAACAGUGUAUAGAAAAUUCAUGUUAUUAGAAAUCUUUGUACCUUUGGUUUUUGUCUGUUUACCAUGGAUUAGGUAUUUAUUUUGUUGUUUCUGGUCUAAGUCUGUGUUAUUUGUUAAUGAAAUGAUCAGCAAUAAAUAUAUU